AUGGGUGGAAUUUUUAAAUACAUGAUGAUUCUCAAUUCGACGUUAAUAUGGCUUUUGAUAGUAGGAGCUGCUACAGCCCUUGAAAAACAAGAUGCUGAAUCAGAAAUAUUAGAAGAAAGUAACUUUAAUGAUGGAAGCGGUAAUUAUCGUUUCAGCUUCAAAACUUCAAACGGACUAUAUAGGACGGAAACUGGUCAGCUGAGAACUGAUUAUGAUUCAAGCCAGAAAUAUAUUGUGCGAGGCUCUUAUUCUUAUAUCAAUCCGGACGGCAACGAAGUGGUCGUUCAUUACAUAGCCGAUGAAAAUGGUUACGUCAUUGUGAAACCAGCCGUUCCAUCAGAUGUAAUAUCUGUAGGAGUUUCAGGGCCCCUUUUGGCGUCUUUACUAGGCUAA